ACCCAACAGCAUCAACCCCAGCCGUGCACGUGUGUUCCCUCUGGGAAAGCAGAAGUGGCUCCUCUAGUGCUGGUUCUAUAAUCAUGCAGGGAUCUGUCAUCAUGCACGUCGUCUACCUGGUAUCCAUGAUAUUCUUUUCAGGCAUUUGGAGUCAGGCCCUUUACAAGGUGACCUACCCCUCCAAGAGUGUCUGUGCUUUAAAGUACUCCUCAGUAGUCCUUCCCUGCUCUUACUACCCCGGACCUUACGGCAUCCACACAGGCCACUGGUACAGAGAGAAGGUCCUUAAUGGGGACCCAAAGGAUCUGAGAGAAGAGCCAGAGAACAGAAACAGGGUGUGGAUCCUUUAUUCUGAGAAUGUCUGUAAUCUUUACAUAUAUCCUCUGAAAGAGAGUGACUCCGGGGUUUACUACUAUGGAUUUAAAGCAAGGACAUCAUCACAUCGCCAGAUAACAUCAUGGAUUCAUGGCUCGCCUGGAAUUAAUGUCACUGUCUUGAAAGAUGUUCAGCUGAAGGUGGAUCCUACCUCAGUCACGCAAAGGUGGAUUAAGUUAACCUGUGCCACCUCCUGUAGGCUGGACACUGCUAUCUACCAAUGGUACAGGAAUGAAAAAUAUCUAUAUGCCACUCAGGAGACUUCCAUAGACUCAACCAGUGGCUCUAAGAGUGAGGGUAGUUACCGGUGUGUGGUCCGAGCUGGUGGCCAUAGCCUGACAUCUUCUGAUGUGUGUGUUUCUGGUCCAGACUGCUGGGGUGUGACCUACCGCAGUGGGUCAGUCUGUGGCUUAAAGGGCUCAUCAGUGGUCAUGUCCUGCUCUUACAAAUAUCCUGGAGGGCAUCAGUUCGAACGAGGACACUGGCACCGAAAAGUCAGUCGUUCGGGCGGAGAGCCAGGUGACCUGAGCCUGAAUCCCCUCUUCAGAGAUCGAGUCGAGAUCAGUGCAGAUCGAGGUAACUGCAGCCUGGCGAUACAGGAUCUGAAAGAGAGCGACUCAGGGGAGUACUUGUACACUUUUAGAACCGCCUCCUCAGAAUGGAUAGCAGCCAAAACUGGAGUCUGGUUAUCAGUCACAGACCUGCAGGUGACGGUUAAUCCAGAUACAGUAAGAAGAUAUUGGAUACAAGUGACGUGUAACACCUCAUGCAGAGGGAGCUCUCAGCUUUAUUACUACUGGUACAGAAAUGGCCAACUUUUAGAGGAUAACCAUAGACAGGACAUCUAUCUUUCCCAAAAUUCUAAACAUUGGGAGGGACAUUACUCUUGUUCAAUACAAGGCUAUGCAAAUCAUCGUUCCCCAGAUGUGUGCAUCCUUGGUCAGGCGUGCUGGGAUGUCACUUAUGCUUCUGAGGCCAUCUGUGCCUUAAAGGGGUCCACAGUGGAUAUCACCUGCCAUUACAAAUACCCAGCUGGCCACAUCCCUACGAGUCUAUUUUGGUUUUAUGAUCAAGAGCCAAACUCUGAGCCUGCGGACCUGAGUCUGACCCACAUGUAUGAGCGCCGUGUGGGGUACUGGGGGAACAACAGCGUCCACAUGCUGAGACUGGCCAAUCUGACCGAGGCAGACGCUAGAGAAUACUUCUUCAGAUUUGUGACCGAAAAAGGAGAGAAGUUCAGUAGAAGACCUGGUGUCAUGCUUUCAGUCACAAGCCUGCGAGUCAACGUGACUCCAGCUAUGGUGACGGAGGGUGACACGGUGACACUGACCUGCAGCACCACCUGCACUCUGACUAACGACUUCACCUUCACCUGGUUCAAGAACUCACGACCGGUGCCCACCAAAUACUACACCAACAAAAAUCACAUGUACCUGAAUCCAGUGAACAGUAGUGACUCCGGCCUCUACACCUGUGCAGUUAGAGGAGAAGAGAGUUCUCCUUCCACAGCUGAGACGCUCAAUGUCAGAUACCCUCCAAGACAAACCUCAGUGUCCGUGAAUUCCUCUGGUGAGAUAGAAGAGGGCCAUACAGUGGUUCUGUCCUGCAGCUGCCAAGCCAACCCACCGCCACACACAUACACCUGGUACAGGAGAAGUGGACCUGAGACUGUUCUAGAAAAGGUGACCGAGGGAGUGAAUGUGAACUUCACCUCAAGUGACGAGGGGUUGUACCACUGUGAGGCACACAAUGAAAUCGGUUCUCAGAACUCAUCUGUCGCUGAGGUCCGUUUUACAGGAGGCCUACAGGGAAAGAGACUUGUAGGUAUUGGAGCCAUCAUCCUGGCUGUCAUCUUGGUUUUUGGAAUUUUGCUCAGUAUGUUCUGUAGGAGAAAUAGAUCCUCUGACGACAAGAGCACCGCAAGUAAAUCACAUACGGAUGCAGCUCCUGUUUAUGCCAACGUCGGUGCCAUGGCUGUGUCAACUGGCCCAGCCAACACAUAUAACAGAGAGGACCAUGGUAUUGAUGUUGAGUAUGCCAGCCUUAAGUUCAGUGCCUCUAAAGAAAAGGAAGAAUAUGACCACACAGUCCACAUCAAAAGCACACGACUGAGCACAACCAGGCGGGCUGAAGACUACUCUGUAGUCUACAGUGCAGUCAGUAGAUGCAGACUGUCACGAUAAAGGACGAAUCGACAGCAGAGUGAAGACCACAGAGAAUGGGGAAACAGCUUUUGUCCUCAGUCUUGUUUGAUUGACUCUUUCCUUAAUGUCCUAGAUCAGUGGUUCUCAAACUGUGGUACGGGUACCACUGGUGGUCCCCUGACUCUCUAUAGUGGUACUCCGGAAGGCUCCGAGAUAAUGACUUCAAAUUAUAUCAGAAUAUAUAUAAUAAAAAAUCCUUAACCACACAAUCACUGAAGUUAAAUUUAAACUAGUUUUUGUCUUGACGCAAAACAGUAUGUACAAUGUAAAAUAUGUAGUUGGUCAAUUCCGCGCAAAACUGUCACAUCCAUAGCGGCAACACAAUGUCAUGGCAUUUAGUUGGCGUUAUGGAUGUGACAGUUUUGCGUGGAAUUGCUUUUUCUCUCUCAGUUUUGUGUUGUUUGGCCAAAAAUAACCUAGACUUGUGAUUAGCUGUCCCUAGUCUAUGUUGAAUAUCAGUAGAGCAAGCAUUAUAGCUAACACUGCAGUUCAUUUCUGAUCUUAUAUUGUUACUUACCAUGAAGAUACAGACUUAUCGUAGAGCUACAGACAAGCUCACAAGUAUCUGUCAGAAAAUAACAUUUAAUGGAUGCUGAUUGAGAAAUUUUUUUUUUUUUUAUCUUACAUUAAUUUGACAUUUAAUGUUGCAUCUGUCCAAAUAUUAGUGUAAUGAUACUGCAUAAGAAGUGUUGUGAUGUUGGGCACUUUGCAUGAUGUGAUAUGGGUCACAAAGUCCUAAUGGCUCACUUUGUAAUAAUAUUCAUUGAUGUGUAACUUUAAAGGUACAGUCAGCAAUUGUACACAAUUUCAAGCACAUCAUUUUUUUUUGGUCACAUUCAGCAAUCAUGUCCUCACGACCUGCUAGUUGCCCAUUGCGUGAAUACACUGGGAAAAAAAACACCAGUCUCUAUAGGCAGCCCAGGCUCCCAAAACUUGAAAGGGGUGAGCUACCUUUCUGGUGUGUUUCGUUUGAUCUUUACUAUCUAUCUUUGAUCCAAUAAAAUAUAUUGUAUGUUCUUUUGGAAAAAAGGUCUGCUUAUACAUUUAUAUAAAUAUAAACAGAAACAAACGUGACCUGCACAAUGGCUGACUUUACCUUUAAACUUAUAUAUAACAUAUAUAUAUAGCCAUUCUGGUUAAUUUUGGCAUGUCUACAUUUUAUUUUUAUUAAGGUGCAACACACAGGUUUUGUCACUAUAUUCUAUCAAUGACGGAAUACCACAUUUUCUGAGAAUGGGAUGAAUAGCCGCUGAAUAAUUGCUUUGACUUUCACUUUCAAUAAUUUGAAAUUUGUGAGAAAAGUUAAUAUGUUUAGACCAGAGAAUGCAGACGAAUGUAAUCAU